CUCAUUUCAUUUGAUCUUAACCAUGGCGAAGAAGGCUGUUUUGAUCGGGUGCAACUAUCCCGGGACCAAGGCGGAGCUGAAAGGAUGCAUCAACGACGUGCGGCGGAUGCACACUUGCCUCAUCAACCGUUACGGCUUCUCCGACGACGACAUCACCGUCCUCAUCGACACCGAAGAUUCCGCCAAGCAGCCCACCGGCCACAACAUCCGCGCCGCCCUCUCCGAUCUCGUUGACUCCGCCCGCCCCGGCGACUUCCUCUUCGUCCACUACAGCGGCCAUGGCACCCGCCUCCCCGCCGAGACCGGCGAGCAGGACGACACCGGCUACGACGAGUGCAUUGUCCCCACCGACAUGAACCUCAUUACCGAUGAUGAUUUCAGAGAUUUGGUCGACAAAGUGCCGAGCGGUUGCCAGAUCACGAUCGUGUCGGAUUCGUGCCACAGCGGAGGGCUGAUUGAUGAAUCAAAGGAGCAGAUCGGAGAGAGUCAUAGGAAGAGUGGGGAUGAUGAUGAUGAAGAUGAGAAGGAAUCUGGAGGUUUCAGAAACUACCUGCGCAGGAAAGUUGGACUUGGCCAAAGCAAAGACAACGAGGAAGAGGAAGAAGUUGAAGGUGUGAAGAACAAAUCUCUGCCGAUCUCAACCCUGAUCGAGUUGCUGAAGCAGAAAACUGGCAAGGAAGAUAUCGAUGUGGGGAAGCUGCGGCCGACGCUCUUCGACGUGUUCGGGGAAGAUGCAAGCCCCAAGGUGAAGAAGUUCAUGAAUUUCAUAUUUGGAAAAAUCAAAGGUGGCAAUGGUGAAGGAGGUGAAGGUGGAGGUGGAGGGUUUUUUGGAAUGAUGGGAGGGCUAGCUCAGCAGUUUCUGCAGCAGAAGCUUGAGAACAACGAGAGCUACGCGCAACCUGCGCUGGCAGCCCCUGUUGGGAGUAAGCAGGAGGCCUAUGCCGGAGCAAGCAAGAAAGGACUGGCUGAUACCAGCAUUCUCAUCAGCGGCUGCCAGACUAAUCAGACAUCGGCCGACGCCACUCCUUCCGGCGACGCCACUAAAUCUUUUGGCGCUCUCAGUAACGCAAUUCAGACGAUUCUUGCUGAAUCGGAUGGUAGAGUGAGUAACCACGAGCUCGUCACGAAGGCGAGGGAUCUUUUGCAGAAACAGGGCUACACUCAGCGUCCCGGAUUAUAUUGCGGUGAUCACCAUGUUGAUGCUCCUUUUGUUUGCUGAUGGAUUGUUCACAGCAUUGUCGUUAGGU